AUGGCCGACCAAAUUCGCAUCCAAGACACGAAGGAGAAGUUCGAGACUGUAUACAAUCACGCGGUCAGCAGUGAAAAAAGCGCCAAGGCCUAUUUCAAGCAAGAGCAAGACGCUGGUCUAGCUGAUGGCCAGAACUUCAACAAUUGGGCCGCUCAAAAUGCGCCUGCCUACCUUCAAGCCCACAGUCAAUACCGCGCCGCACGAGCUGCGUACGAAGCGGCACUUCAGAAUGGUGACCAGGAAGGUUACAAGGCUUGGCAGGAAAAGGUUAAGAAAGCGGCGUUUGAUAAUCCUGGGCCCAAUGGUCCCGACUUCAACUUUCUGGUUGGGCCUAACUAA